AUGCAAAUCAAAGAUGACCCUUCUCUAAAAUGGCCAGAGAAGAUGAAAGGAAAUCCCAAUAAGCGCAAUAAGAAUAAAUAUUGUCACUUCCAUAGGGACCAUGGGCAUGACACGGAUGAAUGUUAUGACCUGAAGCAGCAAAUCGAGAAUCUUAUUAGACAAGGAAAGCUGAGGCACUUCGUUGGAAGGGAUCAUAAAGAUGAGAAGUUGAAGAGAAAAAUGGAGGAAUCGUCCCGACCCCCACUAGGAGAGAUAAGGAUUAUCAUAGGAGGAACCUCAAUGGGACAAUCUUCCAAGUCAAAGAAGACAUAUCUCAAAAUGGUGCAAAACGUCCAACUCUUUGGACGAUCACCAAGGACGAGAUCAAUGGACGAACCGGCUAUUUCAUUCACCGAUGAAGAUGCUGAAAGGAUCCAUCACCCACAUGACGAUGCAAUUUUCAUUACUCUGCUUAUUGCAAAUUAUACAACCAGGAGAAUGUUAGUUGACAAUGGAAGCUCAGCAGAUAUAUUGUACUACCCUGCCUUCCAACAGAUGAGGCUAGGGCAGGAUCAACUUUGUCCAGUGUGCUCACCAUUGAUAGGGUUUGGAGGAAUGAAGGUGUAA